AUGCUUUGCAGUCAGUAUAAUGCGAUUGUGUAUGUCAGUCAAGCAAGUAGCAUCCUAGCGCGCGCUCGCUCCUUGUGCUGUUACAGAGGCUUUGCAAUCGAGCAAUCAUCAAUCAUCUCUAGUCCACUUAAAGCGAGCGACGACGGUUCGACCGAGUUCUUGCAAGGAUGA